AUGAGCUCGAACGGGGGAACUUUCCUCUUCACCUCGGAGUCGGUCGGUGAAGGCCACCCCGACAAGAUUGCUGACCAGGUCUCCGAUGCCAUUCUCGAUGCCUGCAUGGCUGAGGACCCUCUCUCCAAGGUUGCCUGUGAAACAGCAACCAAGACUGGUAUGAUCAUGGUCUUUGGUGAGAUUACCACCAAGGCCAAGCUGGACUACCAGAAGAUCAUCCGUGAUACCAUCAAGGACAUUGGCUAUGACGACUCCUCCAAGGGUUUUGACUACAAGACCUGCAACGUCCUGGUUGCCAUUGAGCAGCAGUCUCCUGAUAUCGCCCAGGGUCUUCACUACGAUGAAGCCCUGGAGAAGCUGGGCGCCGGUGACCAGGGUAUCAUGUUCGGCUAUGCCACCGAUGAGACCCCUGAGCUGCUGCCUUUGACCAUCGUUCUGGCCCACAAGCUCAACAGGGCCCUAAAGGAGGCUCGUGUUAACGGAACCCUUCCAUGGCUCCGUCCCGACACCAAGACUCAGGUCACCAUCGAGUAUGCCCACGACAAUGGCGCUGUGAAGCCCCUGCGCGUGGACACCGUCGUCAUCUCCGCCCAGCACGCCCCCGAGGUCACCACUGAGACUGUGCGAAAGGAACUCCUGGAGAAGAUCAUCAAGACGACCAUCCCUGCUCACCUCCUGGACGACAGGACCAUCUACCACCUGCAGCCCUCCGGCCUCUUCACCAUUGGUGGUCCCCAGGGCGAUGCUGGUCUGACCGGCCGCAAGAUCAUCGUCGACACCUACGGCGGCUGGGGUGCUCACGGUGGUGGUGCCUUCUCCGGCAAGGACUACUCCAAGGUCGACCGUUCCGCCGCCUACGUUGCUCGCUGGAUUGCCAAGUCCCUGGUUCACGCCAAGCUCGCUCGUCGUGUCCUGGUCCAGCUGUCGUACGCCAUUGGUGUUGCUGAGCCUCUGUCGAUCUUCGUCGAGACCUACGGCACCUCGUCCAAGACCUCCGACGAGCUGGUCAAGAUCAUCAAGGACAACUUCGACCUGCGUCCCGGUGUCAUCGUGAAGGAGCUCGACCUUGCUAAGCCGAUCUACUACAAGACCGCCAAGAACGGUCACUUCACCGACCAGAGCUUCUCCUGGGAGAAGCCCAAGGAGCUCAAGUUCUAA